UUAAAAAAAAUAUAUUCCAUAAUUAGCACUUGCACUUUUAAAAGGGAGGAGUUGUCAAAUUUAGCGAUAUGUCAAGAACUGUCUACUAUAUAAAUAGAGCAACAUGCAUCGUUUUGGAAUCAUUGCUCCAGUUGACACUCCACAAAUUCAGAGGAUAAUCCAUUUGGGUACUACAUUGACUGUGAAGGCAAAUUAUGCUGAUUUGAACAUCAAACAUGGAUUCCAAACAAAUCUGUGCUGUUCUGCUAUUACUAUCUGUGACUCUGGUCCACGGAACAGGAUUUAAUAGAUAUGCCUACAUAAGGAAAAAUGUAAAAAGCCACGGAGAUUACAAUGUAAAAGCAUAUGAUUCUCAGAACUCUGAAGAUGAGGGAUAUGAAGACAAUGAUGAAAGCAGAGAUGUAGGAGCAGAACAGGGCCUGCAAGGUCCUCCUGGACCACGGGGCCCACCAGGACCUCCUGGGAAAACAGGCGUUGGAAUGCCAGGUGCCCCAGGCAAGCCUGGAAUGCCAGGAGCUCCAGGAUUGCCAGGAAUGGGAAAACCAGGAAUGCCAGGCGCACCAGGAAAGUCAGGUGAAACAGGAGCUCCAGGACCAAAAGGCGAUAGAGGACCACAAGGGAUGCCCGGAUCUAAAGGCAAUCCAGGAGCACCAGGAUAUCCCGGGCCAGCAGGGCUGGCUGCUGUUGGUAAACCAGGUCCACAAGGACUACCAGGUGCUCCAGGGGCACCAGGCAGACCUGGAGAAAAAGGAAUGCCAGGGCAUAUGGGUCUUCCUGGAGCAAAAGGGGAAAAGGGAGUUGGAUUUCCUGGGCGUCCCGGGAGCAGAGGGGCAACAGGACCACAAGGGCCUCCAGGAUCACCUGGACCAGUAGGAUUAGGAAGUGCUGGAGCACCUGGUCGUCCGGGUCAACCAGGUGAGAAAGGUGCAAUGGGCCCUCCAGGUGCACCAGGAUAUGCAGGUGCCCCAGGCCCAAAAGGACCACCUGGAAAUCCCGGUCUUCCAGGACAUGGAAAACCAGGAGCGUCAGGUGAACCCGGGGUACCUGGAGCUCCCGGAAACAAAGGUAAUCCUGGUCCACAAGGUUUACCAGGUGCACCUGGACUGCCAGGUUUCGGAAAACCCGGUAUACCCGGACACAAAGGAGAGCCUGGUUCUGUGGGUCCUGUUGGUUAUCCAGGAGAAAAAGGAGAGGCAGGACCAACUGGGGCACCUGGACAGCGUGGAGCUGUUGGGCCAGUAGGUUCACCUGGACCACAAGGUGCCAGGGGCUCACCAGGAGCUAACGGUGCACCAGGAGAGAAGGGGGAAUCAGGCCCUGCUGGCGCCCGUGGAUACCCAGGGCCAAAAGGUGAAACAGGCCCUGGUGGUGCCCCAGGUAAAUCAGGAGCUCCAGGACUACCAGGUAGACCAGGUCCACAAGGACCAGUUGGUGCAAAAGGUAGCAUGGGAGGUCCUGGCGGACCAGGUAAAUCAGGAAGUCCUGGGCCUCCAGGUCCUCAAGGACCACCAGGUUAUCCUGGUGAAGCCGGAUCAAGAGGAAGUGCAGGACCACCUGGUCCAAGAGGUCCACCUGGUUCUCAAGGUUCUCAAGGGUUUUCAGGGGAAAAGGGAGAUCCAGGCCCUCCAGGUCCACCAGGUCCUCCUGGAAAUUUCUAUGGGAAAAUGGCAAGUGGCUCACCAGGUGCACCAGGGCUGAAAGGUCCACCUGGACCUCCAGGCCAACCAGGCCUUCCUGGACCACCAGGCCCACCAGCAGAAGUGAUCAUGUCCCCAGGCAAAUAUGAUUAUAGCGGCUACAUCAAAUCAGGAGAACCCUCAGCUGGGUUACUCAGUCCAUAUCCAGCUUUUACAGCCAUUCUUUCCCAUUCGUAUUACCCAGCUGGACAAGCAAUAGCAUUUGACAAAAUACUGACCAAUUCAAAUAAUAACUACGAUCCAUCAACCGGUAUUUUCACAUGUGAAAUAUCUGGCAUCUAUCAAUUUAAUUAUCAAAUACAAGUUAAGGGAGCAAAUGUUUGGGUCGGAUUAUACAAAAAUGAUGAGGCUGUGAUGUACUCAUAUGAUGACUAUACAGAAGGUUACAUUGAUCAGGUCUCAGGUAGUGUUACAUUAUACCUACAUGAGAAUGACCAAAUCUAUGUACAGUUACCUACAGAAGAGUCUAAUGGCUUAUAUUCUUCUGACCUCAUGUAUUCAGUAUUCUCAGGGUUUCUAAUUGUCCAUUCAUGAUAUGCACCAGCUUGAAACAUGGACUUGACUACAUGAUCCAUGUUCUAUUCCAAGUGACGUUAACAAAAUUUAGUUAAUGGAGCAAGCUAAAAGAAAGGACAACUGUUGAAUAGAAGGGUAGCUAUUGUUACAUUAAGAAACAUACAGUUCUGCCCAGUCAACUGCUGUAUCGUCAUCAUCUGCAAAAUGUCAUUUACUCAAAACAAGGUCCUUCGGGUUUUUGA